AUGGAGCAGGAAUACAACGUUCCCGAAUGCCCCAUUUGUUUCGUUACCUACGACAAUGUCUUCAAAACCCCCCUUCUGCUCCCGUGUUCCCACACCUUCUGCAUGGAAUGCCUCGCCAAGCUGUGCAUCUUCCAAAAGGAGCUGGACACCUUCUGCUGUCCCAUAUGCCGAGGCGCUGUGACCAUCCCACCAGGUGGGGUCCCAAAACUGCCCCCCAACAUGGCAGUGGUGGCUCAGCUCCCGCCGUGGAUGGGUUCGCUCCAAGAAGUCUGGAUGGAAGGAUCCAAGCUGUGUUGGAAGAGGAGGAACGGUGAAGGCUGCGUCACCACAACCCAGAACACGGUGUCCCACUUCCCGUCGGGUGCCGAGGACAACGUCAUCAUCGUCUACCUGUUGGGUACGGGUCCCGCUCCCCCGAACCUCUCCUCGCCGGGGAACCUGGUCAUCAUGCCCCGUCAGCCAUAUUACCGCCGGUGCUGCGCCACGAUUCGGAGUUAUUUCUGGUUCAUAUGGAUCGCCGUCUUCUGCAUCAUCCUCCUCUUCUUCAUAAUCAUGUUCCCAAUAAGCCUGCGAUCAUAAGCUUCAAAGAA